AUUUCAACCCAGUGCCUCCAUCUGUUAUCUAGUGUACAUAUAAAUCAUUGGUAGCUGCAAGUGCAUUGCCGCGGGUUUGCAGCAUAUAACCGAAGGAGCACUGAAGGAGAGGGAGACUACCUAAACAGCAAGUCAAGACAAAAAAAACGGCAUUAUCUGUUUUUCACGGUCAGGUGCUGAGGCUAAAGCCUGGGGAUUUUCCAAUUUGGUUCAAGCUUUUUUGUUCAUAUAUUUUAACACUGAGCAGCUUUGCAAAUGGCAAGUCCCGCUGCAGAUAUAGGACAACCACACCAGCGACAUGUCCUCUCCGAAUCGGCCUCCGAGCCCGCGUUUCUAGAAGCGCAGAAAUGGAUUGAGGCGGUCACAGGCAGAUGCUUCGGUGACAAGGACUUCAGGGGAGGCCUGGAGAAUGGGAUCCUGCUGUGCGAGUUGCUGAGCUCCAUCAAACCUAGCGUGGUGAAGAAAAUCAACAGAUUACCCACUCCCAUCGCUGGCCUGGACAACCUGAGUGUGUUCCUGCGUGGCUGUGAGGAGCUGGGACUGAAGGGCUCUCAGCUGUUUGACCCCGGGGACCUGCAGGACACCUCGACACGCCCCAAAGCCAAGGUUGCCGACUCCAGCAGGAAGCUGACGAAUGUUUUGAUUACCAUAUACUGGCUGGGCCGGGCUGCCAACAGCUGCACGUCCUAUAACGGGCCCACACUUGACCUGAAGGAGUUCGAAGGCCUGCUGUCACAGAUGCGAAAGGAGGCGGAGGAAACGGAGAGCCCCCAACGCAGCAUACGGGACAGCGGCUACAUUGACAGCUGGGACUCGGAGCGCAGCGACUCGCUCUCCCCACCUCGCCACGGCCGAGAGGACUCCUUCGACAGCCUGGACUCGUUCGGGUCACGCUCCAGACAGACGCCCUCGCCGGACGUGCUGGUCACCCGCGGCAUCGGCAGUGAUGGCCGCGGCAGCGACUCAGAGUCCGACGUCGGACCCCACGGGGGCAGGAAGCUGCCGGACGUGCGCAAGGACGACAUGCUGGCACGGCGGACCUCGGUGAGCGAGCCCAGAGUGAUGGUGCCCUUCAACCAGUACCUGCCCAACAAGAGCAAUGCCAGUGGCUACGUGCCCACACCGCUGCGCCGGAAGAGGGGCGACCGUGAGGGUCGGGAGGAGGACGGUGGCAGAGGGGGCGGGGGCGGCCGCAAGAGCUGGAGUACUGCCACCUCGCCCAUAGGAAGCAAUAGACCCUUCAGUAGCCCCGCCCGCUCAUGCUCCGAGGAACUAUACCGCCUGUCGUCCCUGACAACCAGCCCCAUGACGACCUCCAUCGUCGUGACGAGCCCCUCCAGCGCCGGGGCCAGCCCGGAAACAACCAGGAAGUUCCCUCCCCCUCCCAUGAUGGACAGGGAGGAGGCAGGUCCAAAGAAGAUGGGGUUGGCCAUAUCCCUGGCGACAGACACAGGGAGGUACAACGACAUGUGGGCUCGCCACACCCUUACCUCGCCGAAACACAGCAGCACUACCAGUCCAAGCCAGUUCCUGCCCGUUCCUGCAGCCAGGGCAACCACCACGCUGACGGUCGCCUGCCAGGGUCGCAUGGGCAAGUCGGAGGUUGAAGGUCGCGAGGGCGACAAACCGGCGGUGGCGAGACGUCCAUCUUGGCUUGACGAUGACCUCCAGCUAAUAUUCAGUCACAGAGCUGCUAGUAUAUCAGAUGACCCAGAGAGUGUGAGUAUGAUUGACAUGCGCUGUGAGGAGGACGCCGGCUUGCCGCAACACAGCCAGGUGCGCCACGAGCUCAUGCACAACCAGUACAACAUGAUGAAGGAGGAAGAGGACCACUGGCAGGACGACCUAGCCCGGUGGAAGAGUCGCAGGAGAAGCGUCUCCCAGGACCUGAUCAAGAAGGAGGAGGAGAGGAAGAUGAUGGAGAAGCUGAUGACGGGCGAGGGAGGGGCCAUUUCUCAGAGGAGGAAGAGUAUCAAGACCUACCGGGAGAUCGUGGAGGAGAAGGAACGUCGUGAGAACGAGCUCCGCGAGGCCUACCAGUCGGCCCGCACCCCUGAGGAGGCGGCGUCGGUCCUCCACCGCUACGCCCAGCGCUUCACCAUCAGCGAAGCGGUGCUGGAGCGCCUGCAACUGCCCAAGCUGCUGGACAGGAGCGUCUCUGAAGAUCCCACCACUGCCGCCAGCACACGUCUCCCCCUCACCCACACCUCCCAUUCUCCCAACUCAACCGGCCCGGAAGAAGAUCCAAAUGGUCCUCUGAAGUACCUGAGGCAGCAGUCGCUCCCGGCACCCAAGUUUACUGUCACCGUCGAGGCCCAAGUGGCGGGGUUCCACCAGGGUCAGUCUCAUCGCCCCCAGAUUCAGUCACGCACUCCUGAACCAAACCCCUCUAUCCAGGCUGCCUCACCUAAAUCUGUUCCUUUGCUGACGCCCAAGCCUUACAUCCAAUCCAAGGGCACGCAGAUGCUGGCGGGACCCAAGCCAGGCAAGGUGGACGGCUUGCUGCGAGUGAACGGCGACAUGGGAAACGAUGAGGUCACCACUCCAGAGAGCGACGGAAGAACCUCCCCUAUACGGUUUUACCCUUCCACUGCCACGCCUACAGCCUCCUCCUCCGACCCUUCCGACACACCCCCAUGUGUGGCUACUCCCCCACCCACUCAUAGCCCCUCCACCAGGGCGAGCCCAUUAACAGCCAUGACAACUGUGGCACAGGGUGGCACAAGCGCCGCAGUGCCACCUUCUUCAGUGCCAGGAGAAGGUGAUGCCCAGGAGAAGAGUAACGCACAGGAGUCCAUCCCACCUAGCCGGCCCACCUCACUGCCCUCGGAGCUGCAGAGCACAGAGAGCAUUGUGGAGGCGGGAGGCAGGUCUGCUGCAGGCCCACUGAAGGAUGGGGAGCCCAACACAGCAGCGGCUGCAGUACCGUCCUCUCCAGCUACAGAGUCACAACACGCUACCAAGGAACAAACAGAAGUGUGUACGAAUGCCACAGCGACCAGACCGAAUGCCACAGUCCCCUGUCCUGUCCAAUCAGAGCACGCAACGCAGCAAGCUCAGCCAAUGACUGCACAGGUCACUGAGCCCAGCCUGGAAUUGUCUCAGAGUGCAGAGGAAGUUGCUGCCUUGGCUGAUCCAGGACCUGUCAGAAACAAACCGCCAUGUGAGGCACCAACAACAGAGCUGGCUAACAGUACCAGCUUUCCGCCAGAAACCGGCAACCCUAGGUUAGGCCUACGUUGGGAGUUCUUCGCCCCACCAGAGGGGGAAGAGCCGAAGCGUGGGAAAGUGCCGGUCACUCAGGUGUCAUCCCCGGUAGUGAUUCAGACUAAGCGGGGUGACCGCUGGGCUUGGGACCCAGAUGAGGAGCGAAAGCGUCAGGAAAGGUGGCAGCAAGAGCAGGAGCGCAUGCUUCAGGAGAAGUACCAGCGUGAGCAGGAGAAGCUGAAACAGGAAUGGGAGCGAGCGCAAAGAGAGGUGGAAGAGGAGGAGAGGCGGUACCAUGAGGAGGAGCGCAGGAUACUAGAAGAGACUGUGGCCCCCCUGACCCCCCUCUCCUGCAACUUGCCCUCCCCCAUCCGGGGGGACGCCCCCACACCAACGGACCCCCAUGACACCAUCGUCCGGUCGCUGGCCGACUGGGAACGCAAGCAGGAGCUGCUGGAGAGGCAGGGGGGGAACACAGAGAGUGUGGAAUGGAAACGACAAGACAACGACAGGAGUAGUGACAUCAGCACAGCGUCCAGAGAUGAGAGCCUGAAAACAGCAGUUAGCUCGAUCAGCCAGAACAGCAGUCAGACAGACAAGCUGGCUCCGAGUCUGAAGAACGGUCAAAGAGCACCACCCGCCAUGGCCCUGCCCCAGCCCCCCAACAAGAAACAACAUCCAGAGGUCUUACUAGACUGCACCAAACCCAGCCAGCAGACGCCCUCUCGGGACAGGAGGUGUGGCUCUAUUGAAACCAUGGGGCCCAGUCCAUUAAAGUCACCCACCACAUGCCCAUCCGACAUGCCCCCAUCUCCAAACAGGUCGGUGAGCGGUAAGAAGCUGUGCUCCAGUUGCGGCCACCCUCUGGGCAAAGGGGCGGCCAUGAUCAUUGAGACCCUCAGCCUUUACUUCCACAUCCAGUGCUUUAAGUGUGGGGUCUGUAAGGGGCAGCUGGGUGACACCACCACAGGGACAGACGUGAGGAUUCGGAACGGCCUCCUCAACUGCCACCAGUGCUACAUCCGAUCCCGCUCAGCCGGCCAGCCAACCACAUUGUGACGACAUUGGGAAAGCACAAGGAUUACGGAGAAAUUGUCUCCCUUCUCCCUUUUUCUCCAGUAAUCGACAUAUGCGUGGAAUGUGUCUUGUCUGUCAAGGCCUAUGUUGGGAUUUUUGCAAUAUCUGCAAUUCACAUCCCAUGACUUUAUUGAAAUGGGCCAAAAUAUUCCUGACCUUGGGAAAUUGUGUGUGCAUUGAAUAUUAGUGACUGAUCGUUGUAGUUGCCCUAUGGAUUAUAUUGACCCUGUAUGAUUACAGCUCAGAGGUUCUCAUUUCCUCGUUUCUAUAUGCACCCACAAGCCCUUGUGAAGAUGGCAGCCAUUUUGAUUCUGAGCUCUGAUACUGUAAAUUUGGUGUAGACAGUAUGACCGCCUCCAUCACUUCCAAAGUGAAUAGGAAACUCCUGAAAAUACCAAUGCAAUGAAAUCCAACAAACUGAGUUUGGGACUUAGACUAAAUAUUUAUUAAUAAGAAAAAACUUUUCUUUGAAUCUCUUGUACGGAGGUUGUUAGAUAGGCCUUAUUAGUCUUUCGUUUGUAACUUCAGCUUUUCAUUUGUUCCUUUAAGAAGGUUGUCAAGAUUUCGAAUUAAAGUGUCAAGUAUUGUAAUAGAAGUGCAUUCCAUUUUGAUGACUUGAGGUCUUUAGGGGUUAUUUCUUGAUGGUCAGCAAAAGUCUUAGAAAAGCCAGAUUUUUUCCUCCUGAUUUAGAUUUUUGCUGAAAUCACAAUUAAUCCAAAACUCUGGUUUAAAUUCUGGGAGUAAAAUUGUUUUUCUGCCUUUCUUAUAUUUACAGGAAGCUCGAAAAUUGGCUGUUUAUCUUUUAUUUAUUCCCUAUUGCUUUAGUAGCCUACUGGAUUAAAAAAAAUAUACCGUGCUGUUACUAGGAUAUACAUUACCGUAACAUCGCACUUUGGCCUGAAAAGGUCAUCCUUUUCUCUCUUUCUUUGCUCGAAACAAAUAUCCGCUUACAAAGUUAGAUGUACUUGAUUUUAGAGCAAUAACAGGAACUGGUGCAUGUGAACUGGUUGCGCAGGUGGAGGUUAAAAAUUGUCAUUAGUACGGAUGUAUGCUACUGUACUAAACCAUUCGGUUUCCUCUUAACCCAAUUCUCUUUAGGAAUUCCACGCUUGAAAUUUUAUAAAACAUGUGCCUUAGGUAAGCAGGUGAUUGCACACGCCAGGGAAGGGAACCCAAUUACGGUGUCCACUUAAGUAUGACUGGUAAGAAUGGGAGGUAUUUGUCCAUUUGAGUAUGAUUGGGUAGGUUAGGAGGUUUUUGUCGAAAUAGUGCUAAAACAGAGGACACUGCACCAGGACUUAAAAUCGCCCACUCCAAUUUUUUGUUGUUGAUAUCCCCCUUUAUUUUUUGCUCGUGUCAUAGCCUACCAAACCUUCCAUUGUUUUCUCAUGAUUUCGUGAUUUGCGGUGAUAGUCUUUACAAUUUAAAACGGAAUUUAGAAUAUAUCUAAGACACACGGUGGAAAUAUUUCAUAUCAGCCAGUUGCAACAACAAAAAUGCCAUUGUUUUUUAAUUGUGUUUCCGAAUGUUUUUAUUGUAUUAUAAUGAGUCUAUAUGCCUCUCUAUGCCCUGUUGACAGUGGUGACGAUGUUGGUAAAUGCUCAGCAAUAGAAUACCAUUUUCAACACAAAAAAUAAUAAUCAUUAGGCCUACUUGUUGCAUUGUGAAAUUAUGGCUAAAAUGUUCUUACCAGCAGUUGCAGGUGAGUAACAUUUGUUUGGAUAUUAACUAAAGACCAGUGCCAGGAGUUUGAGAAAUUAUACCAGUUGUGGAUAUAUGUUAAAAUGGACGUAGACCUAUUCCAAAUCAUUUGCUAUGUCGAAAUAAAUCCAUAGCUUACUCUUAUAUCGGAUGUAUGAUCCAUUCUCAUAUGUAGCUUACAACUUUGCCCGUCUGGGUACAUUUUUCUGACAUACUGUAUUUUUAAGCUUCGGUUCUGAUUGUGUCUUUUUUACUUUUACUUAGGAAAUGAAUCAAUCCCGGCUAAUUCUGCAGGGGGGCAUCUUUGAGACAGAAAUAUCGAUAUUGUCAUAGCAGGAUGAAUAGCUUGGGAAUUAUAUUUUAUGUCUAAGUUCUGUAUUUAUUGUAAUAUUCACCUGAACACUAUCCGAAUAUAGAUACAUGUGAUGUUCAAAUGCAAUGGCUUUAUAGUAUACUGUAUGUUUAUAAAUAAAAUGUAACAAAAAAAUGGA